AUUAGCUUAAAAAUACUAUUUCAGUUAUAAAAAAAUAAUAAUAAUAAUAACGUGAUUGUAAUUUUGAAAAUUAUGUUUCUUUUUAUUGUAAAAUUAUUAACACUGUUGCAGUUACUGAAAAAUGCGGUAUCGGCAACUGAUAACCCGGUUAUAGAUUGUGCAUUAUAUCCACCAAAAUCAACUACUGUAAAUUUUUUUUUAAAUACAAAAAGUGUUGAAAACUUUUCCGUUACUGCAGAUGAAAAAUCACUUAAGGGCGCUCCGUUUAUCCCAGGUUCUGAUACCGUCAUACUAAUUGUUCAUGGAUUCGGUGUAAGCAGUAAAACUAAAAAUAUAGCUGCACUACAAAAAGCAUAUAUUAACGGACCGCAAAAUCACAAUGUUUUAAUGGUAGACUACUCAGACGUCAUUGGUGAUGUUUCCCAUUUAAACACUGAAGAGUACGCCUUGAGGUAUGGUGUAGCAGUGGAAUGCGAUUUUCCAAUAAUGGUGAAUGCUACUACUAAUAUUAUAGAGAUGAUACAGAACUGGCGACCUGAAAUCUCCAAGAUACACAUGGUCGGACAUAGUUUAGGGGGUGAGAUAAUUGGACAAUCAGGAAGUCAUCUUAAAGAUAAGGGGAAACCAGUACACAGAUUAUCCGCAUUGGACCCGGCCGGUCCGUUAUUCUCUUCUACCCAUAUAACAGCAAAAAGUGGCUUAUUUGUGGAUGUGUAUCACACGCAGAUCGCAGAUCAAAGAGGCAUCACGAUAGCAGUGGGAAAUGUUGAUAUUUAUAUUAACAACGCCAUUGUCCAAGACGGUUGCCUCAAUGAAAAGACACAUGAUGAGGCCUUGGGGUGUUCUCAUCAAGCUGCUGUUUUAUACUUUGCUGAAUCUAUAAAUAACCAAAAUAUGAAGGCAAGCCGUUGUGACGAAAUUAAGACGAUUGUUAAGAAUUUAGAUGCUUUAAAGAACAUUGACAAAAAUAAUAAUAACGUGUUAAGUUCUACUUGUGACAAAAAAGGAAAUUCGGAAGGAGAUCAGAUAGUAUUUGGAGAAAAUAUUUCCCUUAAUGCUAAAGGGGUGUACUUUAUAAGGAUUCCGACUAUACCUGAAAUCGCUUAAAUAUUGUUAUGAAGCAACUAAAAUAUUUAUAAAAUAAUUGUUUGAUUUAAUAAAUAAUUGACUAUAAAACUAAGAGCCGCA